AAAGGCUAAUUGAGAGUCAUCGAGGUAUGUCAUGCAAGUAAGAAGGGAUUUUAAAAUCGUGAGAUUGUGAGUAGAAAAAUAACCAGAUAUUUAAGUCAUAUACCAAGUAAGUAUAUCCCACAACUAAAGUUAACAGGAAAAUCGAAGUACAAACCAAACACCAAGGCCAAGGAAGAUUUAAUAUUAAUUCUUACCCAGUUGGUUCAGAAGCUAAAUUCAAACAUUUCCACAAUCCAGGACAAUAGCAGCAUCAACAGCUCUGAGAAUACUGAUCAACGAUCGUUUGGCAAAAUGACGAAUGAAGACGUUACAGCAAAGAAUACCCCAAGCAUCGAAGCUGCCGAAUGCAGACUGUCCGUGCACAGCUUUUCAGAGCAACUGCUGGAUCAAGAGAUUUUCUUUCAUGUGACCAAGAUGACGGACAGUUUUGUGUUAUGGAUUGGAAAGAAGCCAGCGACCUUGAAAAACUUUGCAGUUGCCAUCAGUACUAAAUUUGAUAGUGAACCUAGCAGUAGUAUGUUAAUGGGUGAAGUUACAGAUGUUCAACCUACAACUCUGGCUCAAAAAAUAGCAAAGUCCACCGGCAAACAGGUCUUUGUGAGUUGCAAUCUUCCUAUGGCAGAUCCACUGAUGCUUUCCCUUGUGGAAAAAAGAUUAACGGAAGAAAUGAAAGCCAAUCCAGACAAAUUCUGACAGCAUACGGCAAAGACUGUGCCUCAAAAGACAUUCCAGUCCAGGAGACAAGUGGAAUUAUCUAUCCUUCUGGAUGAUUUCAGUACUUUUACCAAAUACCUGUACAUUUGGAUUGUUCGAAAUCACAUGAUGUUCAUGCUGGCUGUACCAAAAGAGGGAUCUUCUUGAUGAGAUAUGACCUUUGACCUGAGCAAUCUGAUCAUGAAUGCUUGGUGCUGAACUUUCAAGAACAGAGUGUUGAGUUGAUCAAAGGACUGUCUGCUCACGAUUCUUUGCACGUCAAGAGAGACAGAGUGUCUUCAGACAAUUAAAUCUGUUCAGAAUCAUGGAAUCAGAAAGAGCCCCCCCCCCAAAAAAAAAAAAAAAAUGGCUCUGCAAUUUCUAAAUAGCCUUGGCUAGAAUGUGUAAAUUCAAUUUCACAAAACAGACUUAAUUUUCUUAAAGCUAUGAUUUAUCAAAAUAAUAUUGUAAAAAUGGAAAUGAUACAAUGACACUAUUUUUAAAUCAAUAAAAUAAUGAACACAUUCUCAGCAAAAAAAAAUACAGCACAAUUUUGUUUAUUUCAGUCUGAACAAUUUCAUUUAGACAACAUUAAUUUUAGACUUGGUACUCUGUAUGCUUUCUUAGUGUAAGUUGACUCGUGAUUCUCAUACAUGAAUGUGUGAUUUCUCAUCCUGGGCCUUUUCAAAUGGAUAUGAUCAAUACAAUUGAUCUCAGUUUAUGGAAAGCCAAAGAUACCAUCAUCUAGAAUGCACAAUAUGUUCAUUCAAAGCAUUGAAAGAAAGUAUGGAAAAUAGAAGCUUGCUUAUUAUGGUUUACAAAGGGACAGUGUAUACAUGUUAUACAUGUAUGUGAAGAAAUAUGACAUUGAUUGCUUUCCAUAGUUGAAGUUGAUUGUAUCAAUCACAAGGUGUUGACCUCUCCUGCAAUGAAAUCUGAUCAUUGGUAAAGCCAACAACACGAUUAAGGCAUGUUUUCUGUAACUUUGGCAGAGUUUGAUCUUUUCAGAGUAAACCAUGAAUGCCGGCAAGAGUUUGUACAACAUGUAUACAGUGCAUAUCAAAUUCAAAAUAAAAGUAAUCUGAAUUUUUUUAUUUAGAAUAAUACCCAGGGUAGCCACUUCAGUACCGAAAACUGUUCUCCCAGCAGGCCCAGCUUAAAGGAUAAGUCCACCCCAACAAAAAGUUGAUUUGAAUAAAAAGAAAAAUCCAACAAACAUAACACUGAAAAUUUCGUCAAAAUCGGAUGUAACAUAAGAAAGUUAUGGCCUUUUAAAGUUUCGCUUAAUUUCACAAAACAGUUAUAUGCACAUCCUGGUUGGUAUGCAAAUGAGGGGACUGAUGACGUCACCCACUCACUAUUUCUUUUGUAUUCUACUAUACGAAAUAUGGAAUAUUUUGAUUUUCUCCCCCUUGUCAUGUGAAAUUGAGUUUUAUUCAUCCCUGAACAUGUGAAAUUAACAUUGUUUAACAUUAUGUGGUUCAGUCAAGUUCUACAUUAUUGUCAAUUCUGUAAAAUUUCAAAUAUUGUAUAAUUCAAACAAUAAAUAACAAAAGAAAUAGUGAGUGAUGGACAUCAUCGACUCUCUCAUUUGCAUAUCACUACUGAGUUGUGCAUAUAACUGUUUGGAGAAAAAAAAGUGAAACUUUAAAAUGUCACAACUUUCUUAUUUUAAAAUCCGAUUUUGAUGACAUUUUCAGCAUGAUGCUUGUUAGAAUUUUCUAUAUUGAUUCAAAUCAACAUUUUUCUGGGGUGGACUUGACCUUUAACAUGAUGUUAUUUAUAUGAUGAAUAUGAAACAAAUAUUGAAUGGUGCAUUUGAGAUUUUCCAAAUUAUAAACCUUCAGGCCUCCGCACACCUUACGACUGGUCCACCAUCUGAUUUUGAACAAGUCGCAUUUUGCAGAUUUUCUAAAAAUGUGAAUUUGAGGUUCAAAUUACUGUACAAAUACUUAUAUAACAAUUUGGAUGAUUUUGGAGUAAAGGCCGCAUUGGUUUUGAAUCAUAGCAUAUCGUACCAUUGCUAUGACAUCAUUACGAAGAGAUAUUCCAUUCUCUUAUUCUAAUAAGGAUGGUAGCAUGUAGUCACAGAUUUGAAUAUAUUAAAGGAGAAUGAAACUCUUGGAGCAAGUUAGCUUUUGUGAAAGCAGAAAAAUCAAAGAAUAAAAUCAACAAAAGUUUGAGUAAAAUA